GUUUUAGACUAUUUUACGUUCAUAAAAAGAUUAACAAUGACUGCAAAGAGGUGAAAACGGUUGUGCACAGUGGCCCAGUUGACUUUGGGAGGUAUAGCGAGCAGGCCUCCUCCAUCAGGCUCCUCCCUGAGAGAAAACAUUCCAGCAGAGAGAGAGAGUGCAAAAGGAAGUGGAAAGUCUCCGUCUUAAACACCUAGCGCUUACUCGGUGUACCUUUGAGAAAGUUCUGAACCCCGAAAAGUGACGCUCAUCUCACAAUAGCGAUCCCAAUGAAGCUCGUGCUCAUCCUGCUAUUUUCCACAACCUGGAUGCUGUGUGGAGCUCAGUUCUACUACCAGGCCCUGAUGGACUAUCUGGACAACAGAUUGUUGGCUAUUGAGGAUCGCAUGCAUUUGUGGCAAGACCAAUCGCGUCAAUACCACAUGCAACUUCAGGAUUUACACAAACAGUCCCAGAAGACUAUGGACGCUCUGAAGAAGGCCCACAGUUCGCUCUCCACAGACGUGGAGGAAGCGGCGCUCCGACUGAACCGGGUGGAACGAGACGUGGAUGUUGUGGGGAGCCGGACGUCCCCACGGGCUUGUGCCAAACGUGCCGACCGGGUGGUGGAGCAGGGAGUGUGGAGCCAAGAGGAGAGCCGAGAAGAGGAUAACGACGUUUGGGAAGAGCUGCCCUCCAGAGUGACCGACUGCGUAGAAAUCAUCUCUACCAUCCGCUCGGGUAAGAUCCUGAAGCGGCUGGGCGGGUCUAAAGGUGUGUGGCUCAGAGACCCCCGGUCCUCCAAAGUCUACGUGUUCAACGGGACAGCGGGAGACACCAUCUACCAGUUUGAGUCCGUCAGGGAGUUUCUUCAGGGCUCUUCCUCUGUCGCCCUCAGUCAGCCGCUCAGGCUGCCGUCCAACUGGAUGGGCGGCGGAGUCGCUGUUUACAACGGUUAUUUGUAUUACAUCCAGGAAGGGGAAGACAUAAAUGUAGUCAGAUAUGACAUCCUUGCUGGCGAGCUCACAGAUGUCGCCAUUUUCCCCGCGGAGAGCCAAGCUGCUGUCUACAGCCUCAACCCUGAGACGCGAGCAGAUCUCGCAGUGGACGAGCAAGGCCUCUGGCUUCUUUAUGCCGGCGGUGAAACCGAACUGAGCAUCAGCCUCGCAAAAAUGGAUCCCGUCUCGCUGGACAUCGAACAAAUCUGGGACACCCGCUGCCCGAGAGAGAAUUCAGAGGCGGCUUUCAUUGUCUGUGGCGUCGUCUACGUUGUUUACAACACUCGGCAGGCCAGUCGCUCCCGGGUCCAGUGUGUCUUUGAUGUCAAUGACAAGGUGGUCAGUGAGGAGGCACCCCUCUUUUAUUUCCCCCGACGAUAUGGAGCACAUGCCAGUCUCAAGUACAACGCCGAGGAGAAACAGAUCUACAGCUGGGACGACGGUUACCAAAUCCUCUACAGACUGACAACCAAAAGGAAAUUGCUGCUUUGACAGCAUAGACAAUUCUAAUUUAUCUUUGAUUUUUUUUUUUAGUUUAGUGUUUCAAACAUAUCUCCCAUUUUCAACUGUAUCACAAGUAUCAAUACUGUAAUGUACCACAACUUGGCAAUGGUCUAAUUAGAUGUUGUAAAACGUCCCUGCUGUGCAAGUCAGUGUGGAUCCGAUGUCGAUCGCGCUGGCUCGUUAGGCUGCCGACAUUAUUACGGCAAACGCAAACAACAGCCCACUUUGCAUAAAUUCUUUAAUCAAAAGGCAGAUUUUGUCACAGAACCAAAACACAUCACACCCCAUGGAAGGAAAACAAUGAAGAGGGCUGACAGUGACAAGUGGGGAUCAAUAUAAUGCCAAUGAUUUCACCGGUAAAUUUAUAACAAACACCUAUAAUUACAGUAAGUGUUCAUUUCAUCAACAGAAUAUUUUCUCACUUGUCACUAUUAUACAAAAUACCCGUUAAAAAAAAAAAAAUCAAUGUCAUUAAAGGUGAGAAAAAUCAUUUUUGAGGAAGGUGGUAACACUAACACUAAAGUGCAGAGGGUUACAAACCAUCAGAUAAGUACAGGAAACACUCAAAACGGCAACAGUUCAGAACAACUCAGAUUGGAACUAAAAUUUCAAGGAAAUGAAGGUCCGAAUGAUGUACGGAAUGCAGUACCUGAACAAAAUUAGUGAGAUAAAAUCCUAAACUCUGUCGGUCUAUUUCAUCCAUCGAUUUCAAAGACAUACUGGUUAUUGGCAAGUCAUCAAGAUUUGAUACACGCUCUAAAAAAGUGGCAUCAGUACAUCCUUGUUAUUCUUUUCUUUCCUGUUGUGUCAUAAGAACUCAUGCAAGGAGCAAGUCGGGUUAAAAAAAAAAAUUAAAAAAAAGGGGAGAAUACCGGAUACAUAGAGGCAUGCAAUUCUACCGGUCCAUGGGGGAAAAUUAAAACCUGACAAAAACUAUGAAAGCUCCUGAAACUAUAUAAGAACUUCAAGAUGUGGAGGGAGGACCAGGGCCAAUUAAAGAGACUAAGGUCAAAUUUAGACGUGUCAAUGAUAUCAUGAGAGGUGAUGUCAAGCACAAACAGGAGCCAAUGACACAAAAAACAUACGUUACUGACAC